CCCAAGAGGCAACAUUUUAUAGCGCCAUGUUGAUUUCCUGAUCUUAUUCUGCUCGCUUUUGUCAAGAUUUAAUUUUAAAGUUAUGCUUUAAACAACAAUUGAUAGUUUAUUGGUUGCUCUUAUUAAGAGAUAAUAAACAGCACGUCUAUCUUGGUUUACGACGCAAGACUUGGGUCAGUUCAGUUUGUAACAGUAAAAGCACUGGAAACAUUCAAAACAUACAUCAAUUAGUAACUCUCUCUAUUCAACAUUACCGCGUAGCGUCGCUGGAUAAUUGUUUGGUUUGGUGGAUGGGGAAUAGUUACGGAAAAAUGUACACGUUUAUUGUGGCAUAAAUACAAUAAAAGCUUGUGAAUUCUUUAAACCAACUGUUCUAAGGAGUUCCACAAAGCAGAAAUGACAACAAUCGACAUUCCAGGCCAAAAUUUAAUUCAGAGAUGUGUCAUUGUGCAGCAGGAUGGAAGUGGAUAUGGAUUAACAGUUACUGGUGACAAUCCAGUUUAUGUGCAGUCUGUCAGGGAAGGAGGUGCUGCAUAUCGUGCUGGAGUUCGGGUUGGUGACAAGAUUGUCAAGGUUAAUGGAACUCUUGUGACGAACUCGAAUCAUAAAGAAGUAGUGAGCUUGAUUAAAUCAGGGUCAUAUGUUGCUCUAACUUUACUUGGUAAACUUCCUAACUCGACACGGAAUUCUGGAAGUGGAAGUCCAGGUGGAGGAAUUGUUAGUCCUGGAGUUGUCUCGCCAACGUCACCAACUUGGGAUAACGUGGAAGAACGAAUCAAGACUAUUCGUCGUUAUCUAGAGCAGGAACAGCUUUUUAUAAAGAACAUCCAAUCUCAGUACGACGACAAACCAACUGAAAAACUCGAGAGAGAGCUAACCGAGUCAGGAAAACGAGCAAAAGCGCUUGAACAAGAAUUAAACGCUUUAUCGUCAAAUAGAACAAAUUUUCUACAUCUGUCAGGUGAAACUUCACCGACGAACCCAGUGUUCGGCGACCCAGCGGACUAUCAAAAACCAAGUUCUGCCAAACGACAUAAAACUGAUGCCAGUGUUACUGGUUUGUACGACAAUCUUCAAGAUGCCCUUGCAUCACAAUCUCCGUCAACAAAGCCCUUAGAAAAUCCUUUUGAGGAACCACCUAAAUCGCCCGAAGUCUUCACUUUUCAAUCGUCAGAGAGACCUGAUAGUUUCAUUUCCAAGCCAUACGGUUUACGAAGACAAGCUGUAGUAAGACAGCCCAAUCGGUCGAAAUCUCUGCCUGGAGCAAGCCGCUAUAGAUCAGAUAUUUACAAAGCAGUAAAAGAGAGCGAAGAGGCGAAGCUGAAUGAGAAUGGAGAAAUAAAUGAUAGCGAAGAUCUGAGCGAUUCAGGAAUAACUUCAGUAAACAUGGCUCGUCCACAACAACAAAUUAUGUCAAUUGAGGAUGAUGAUUUUCCUUCGGAAGACGAGAAGGUCGAAGAUCAUGGUCCAUUUAACGACCUAACUCUACUUAACAAAAAACCAGCGCAUAUGGCAGUGUUCCUUCACUAUUCAAUCUCAAAUAGUGAUCCAACAAGUUUGUUAUUUUGGCUGGUGACUGAUGGCUAUGAUGACGGCUCUUCAAAAGAGAUGAGAAGAUGGAUUUACGAAAUUUAUUCCACUUUUUUAGCUGAUGGAGCGCCGUUAAAAGUUGAUGAUGAGUCUACGAGCGAAGUGGUGAAGAAAAUAAAAUCCACUCUAACGAAUGGAAAGUGUAGUGAAGAGACCCUCCGAGGGCUUCUAAAGCCUCUCAGGGCUGCUGCUGCGAAAGACGUCUCAGCCCUUCUCUCUGAUUUUCGCGCCAAACGAGCACUUGGGUUGGGCAGUUUGUUUGGAGAUCAUCAACUGGAAGAUGACAAUAUGGAUCGAAACAAGGAGAUUACUGUGGUUGAACAAACGUUGGUUCACCAUUUAAAUAAUCUACUGAAUGAGGUUGAGAACCUUUCAGAUCCAAUGAAUUUCAAACCAUCUGAUGAACAAGUUAUCAAUCAGAUUUUUAGAAGUGAGGCUCUGUCGUGGUCCAUUGCUACCUUUAUGAAGAAUGUUGGAAUUACAAACAAGGGAGCGAAUUUGAAUACAAAUGUCCUAGAAAGGUGCAAAACCUUCAUACAUAAAGAACCGAGCGGUGCUAGUUUCUUAAGAAGUACAAAAAAAGAUAAGAAGAAGCUUACCAGAAACCAUUCGUUUCACGCAACGGUCUACUCGAGCACGACGUAUUGUCAUCUUUGUCGCCAGUUAAUUUGGGGAAUUGGGCACCAGGGUUACCAAUGUCAAGCAUGUGAAUAUAAUGUGCACAAGUUACGCUGUAUUGAUGCUAUCGAUGAAGUGUGCACAGGAAAGAAGAAAGAAAGGAUCGUCACGAGACCCGAGUCGAUACGCCGCGGUAGCUCGAAUGCAUUAAAACCAAGUGAGAAUGGGGAUCUAAAUCCUUCACUGGAAACAAAAGAGGAACCUCCUAAAAGAAAGUCAUGUGAUGAUCGCAUUGCAUCGCCAAAUCCAAGUCUUCAUAGCAGGUCGGAUGAUGAAUUUAGGCGAGCUUCCUAUUUGGAGGCAAAACCUGCUCCAAAUGUAGCAAGAUCAACGAGUAUGAUUACUAACAAGAGAGAGCAUUCAAGAGUAAAAGCCAAUCGUUCGAAAACUGAAGUGAUUCCCCCAACGGUAUUUAUUCCGGGAGUAACAAAGCCUGAAAAGAUUGCAGAUAAAACAUCCGAUUUGACAGCUCAAGUGGAAAGUGACGAGGAAACGGACUCUGAUUUAGAGGUUCCAACAGAAAUGCCAAGUUUGAAAGACAUAAUUGAUUCGAAGAUUUACAAUCACAUCAAAGGAAAGGAUAGAAAACGAUUAGAUACUAUAAAUGAACUCAUUCACACAGAGAGAACUCAUGUACGAACUCUUAAAGUGUUGUACAAGGUAUUUUAUAAACCAUGGAUGAAAGCUAAAAGCGAGUAUGAAAGUUUUGGAAAACUUCUCUUUCCUAAUCUCGAGGAAUUAAUAAAGAUACAUAAAUCUCUUGUUCAAGCGAUGAUGGAAAAGAAGAAUAAACAUGGUUAUGUCGAUGAGAUCGGCGAUGUUAUGCUAAACCGGUUCAACGAUCAGCCAGGAGAGGAAGCAAAGGAGGCGUUUGCCAAAUUUUGCCAAGGUCAAAAUCACGCUCUUGAACUGUUGAAGGUGAAACAGAAAGAUAAGAAGAAACUUGAUGAAUUUAUUCAGCAAUGUGAAAGCAAUCCUUUAUGUCGGAAACUAUCUCUUCAAGGAAUCAUUUCAAGCAGUUACCAACGUCUCACUAAAUAUCCACUCUUUAUCGAGGGACUAAUCAAGGCCACGCCAGCAAAUAACCCUGAUCACGCUCGACUUAAGAAGGUGCUAAGCAUUUGUAAGCGAAUUCUUGAGUAUGUUAAUCAAGCGGUGAAAGAAUACGAAGAUAGACAACGUUUAGCGGAUUUCAGCAGGAAAAUAGACAAAACACCGUUGGAAAAAUCAAAUCAUAAAGGAGCAGAAGAGUUUAAGAAUUUAGAUAUAACACAACACAAGUUAAUUUUUGAUGGUCCUCUGACAUGGAGGAUGAAUCAAACGAAACACAUCGAUCUACACGCGCUGUUAUUAGAAGAUCUCCUAGUAUUGCUUCAAAAACAAGAUGAUAAAUAUGUCUUGAAAUGCCAGAGCAUGAGUAUAAAAGGUUAUCAAGAUAAUAAAACAACACACAGCCCUGUUUUGAAGCUCUCAACGGUACUUACGAGAAACGUUGCCACAGAUAAAAAGGCUUUCUUUGUUGUUGGGACGUCCGACAUUGGACCUCAGAUUUACGAAUUGGUUGCCGCAACAAUGGUUGAGCGAAAAAACUGGUUCAAAAAUAUUACCGAAGCAAUCGAGUCUUGCAAAGGAAAAGAACGAGGAAGACGUAACGCUGUCGUUGUUACAAGCACAAUGAAAGAGCCGAGUGAUGUUGAAAAUGAAGAAUUUGAAGCAAAAGAAAAAGACGACGUUGAAAGUGAGAAAAAUGAUGAGAAGAAAGAAGAUGGGAUAAACAAGGAAAGUGAAAAAGAUGCAAUUGAUGAAAAAGAAAAAGAUUCCGAAGAAGCACCAGAACUUCCAAGCAAGAAUUAUUUAGGUUUAGAUUUAUCAAGUCGAGAUCGAUCACGCAGCUUAGACGAUAUCAAAAAUGAAAUCAGUGUUGAUUCUCCGAAAAAGAAUCCAGAUGGCGAUGGUUUUGAUACAGAUGGAAGCACUGAAGGCUUCAAAAAGAACUCGCCUGAUGAUUUUUCAGAAGCCAGUGAGGGCUCAUCAAGGUCUUCUGUUGAACUGAUUGAGCUAGUAAAGCAAAAAGAUGAGGAAAUCAGAAAGUUACUUGAUGAGAAAUCGCGAUUAGUUGAAGAAAUCAGGGGAAUUCCUUCAACUGAGGGUCAAGCUUCCUACCAGGGUUUUGUUUCGGACAAAAGCCAGGAUGCAAGAAACCUUGUUGUCGAUUCAAUUCUUGAAGCAAACCACAUAACGGAUGCAGUAACCAGCAUUCUUAGUCCAAGUGACAGGUCACAAAAUGUCGAAGAAAAUCCUCUUCCUCCACAGCAACAACUGGCUACUUCAACAGCCAGACUGAACGAAUGUCUGACUAGAUUACUGAAUGUUAUUGCUGAUCGAGAUAUGAAUCGUGAAAAACUGCAAUGUGACCUACAGUAUUACAGAGCUUUAAUACACAAACUAGAGCAGGAACGUUCUCCUAGAACUUCAAAUCCGUCAAACUCGGAUGAAACGUUUUUACCGAAUAACGAUGGACAACCAGGGAACUGGAACGUGGUAAAUGGAGGAUUGGCAGUUCCUGAUAACUUUAAUGAUCUUUCAAGACCACCAUUAAGGUCGUCGUCAUUCAGUGGCUGCAGUGAAAGUAGUCGAAGUAGUAGAGGAAGUAAUAGGAACUCCCUGGUAAUGACAGAUUUAACUGAUCAAGUGGACGUAUGACGGAGUGCUUCUACUGCGAAUAAAUACAUAGGCAUCUUAACUAACGUGGCCGGCAAGAUAUGGAACCAACGUAUAUAGUUUCGUAUAAAGAUAUUUUUAAAACAUUAAAUUUUGCGGAUAUACGAA